CUACCACUAACUGUCAUUUAGUGAAACCCAGUAAAAUAUUAAGUGUAUGUAGACCAACCUCAGCAGCUCAUUGUGUUAUUUUAUAGUUUUUACUGUGAACUAUAAGCUGUUUUAUGCCACUGCGACUCUGACAAGCCUGUAGAUAAUUAGUCAGGAAGGCUGUAAAGCUUUAGGUUUAGUAAGCCGGUGUUAUGUGUAGUAUUGUUUCCUGUCCAUAUGUGUGUCCGCCUACCUAAACCUGAACCAACCCUAGCCCUACCGAGGGGGGAACAGACUUCAACAUAACACCUGUUACAGGAAAUCGUUCCCCCUCCGCCAUCAUUGAGGAUUUUCCAAUCCCUUAAAUGCACCUCGAGGAGACGAGCAGACUUCUGGAGGAGCUGAGAGCGAGGAAACAACAGUGUAUCCUUUGCCAUACACGACGUGAAAAAGGUGUGACACACAUAGCUGAAAAAAACUCAAACCACGGCAGGACUCUAUAAAUUUUUAGAAAAAGAGGAUUGGCACUGAAGGAUUUCAGCCCACAUAUGCCAAAUAUGAAUCAUCAGGAUUCCCAUUAUCACCUGAAUGCACCAUCCUCUUCAGCACCAUGGACAGCAACUUUAAGGAGCUCCUGGCAGUCUGUGUGUUUUUCAGGUAUAACAAAACUAACAGGAGAGUUGGGGAGAUGUCGAUCAAGUGCAGUCUGUACAUGCCCACACAGUCCAGAGAAGAGGUUGUUUCAGGAGGCUGCAGGACUGAGCCUUACCCGAGGUGGAGGGAACUAAGUCCCAUGGGAGCAACGUCACUCCCCUCGGCAUAUCAGCCUCUGUCCGCUGGAUGCGCCCAGCACAGCACCCACAGAGGACUGCAGGAUCGCAUCCAUCCAUCCAUCCAUCCAGCCUCAACUGCGAAAUGCUUUGCGAACUGAAUUCUGCGCGUCUCGGCGACGAGGAGGCAUUCACAUGCUCCGGCAUACAAGCGGGCUAAAGAAGUCCUCCUCGGUGGAGUAAGUGUGGAAGGAAGGUGAUCCAGAAGUGGAAGAAGAGCGCUCGCGUCGAGUAUGGUCCGUGCUGAAGGGAACAUCACAAAGAGUCAACAUCUGUAACUUAGGGAUUUACUUGUAAAGAAGCUUUUUUUUUUUUUUUUUUUUUUCUUCACUGGAGAUCUUUGGAUAUUCUGCGUGUAAACAUGCCUGUAAGAAGAGGUCACGUUGCGCCACAAAACACUUUCCUUGGAAUGAUUAUUCGGAAAUUCGAGGGGGAGAACCGGAAAUUUGUGAUAGCCAACGCCAGGGUGGAGAACUGUGCAAUUAUAUACUGCAACGAUGGCUUCUGUGAGAUGACAGGCUUCUCGAGACCGGACAUCAUGCAGAAGCCUUGCACCUGCGACUUCCUCCAUGGCAACCUGACCGACAAAGACGCCAUCAGCCAGGUGGCCCAGGCUGUGAUUGGGUCCGAGGAGCGCAAGGUGGAGAUCAACUACUACCGCAAGGAUGGGUCUGACUUUCUGUGCAACAUUCACAUAAUCCCUGUGAAAAACGAGGAGGGAGUGGUGAUGAUGUUUAUCUUAAAUUUCGAUUACGUCGUGGAUGAGGAGAGUGACAACUCCACAGAGAAGAUAAGCCCAACGUCCCCUACAAAGUCAGAUCAGAGAAGGAGUAGAUUCUUCCGCUUCCGCCAGGCCGCUCUGAGCCUAAUGAACACCAAGCAAUCUCUUCCGCAAGAGGACCCAGAUGCUGUGAUGGUGGACCCGCCCAAAGAGAACGAGGGCUCAGUGGCCCUGCAGAGCUUCCCCUCGCCCACCAAGAGCAUUUGCAGUCCCAUUGAGACCAAUGACACGCAUGGCCUCAUAGGCUCAAGCCACCACUCUUCCCAGGCGAGCGUCGGCCCGGAGCCACUUGACCAUUCAUCCCCCAAACUCCUCUGGGAGAAGCUGUACCGGACAGAGCCGCACCAGUCCUCCAACACCCUGUCGAACACCUUCCCCAGAGGCAGCAUCAACAGCAUGAGACGGGCCUCAUCCGUCCAUGAAAUUGAGGCCUACAGCUCCAAUUCCAAAAGCAUAUUCGGGGAUCGUCAUACCAGUGACGGCCCUUUUAAUCACGUGAAGUCCAGCCUGCUUGGCUCUAACUCUGAUUCUAACAUCAACAAGUAUAGCACCAUCCACAAGAUCCCCCUGAUUGCACUCAACUUCUCUGAGGCGACUGAUAAGAAGACGCACUCUCCGCCAACAUCCGAGACAACCAUUAUAGCACCGAAGGUCAAAGACAGAACUCACAACGUCACAGAAAAAGUCACACAGGUCCUGUCACUCGGCGCUGAUGUGCUGCCCGAGUAUAAACUCCAGACGGCCCGCAUUGACAAGUUCACCAUCCUCCACUACAGCCCCUUCAAAGCCGUGUGGGACUGGCUGAUCCUGCUGCUGGUCAUCUACACAGCGAUCCUCACUCCCUACUCUGCUGCUUUUCUUCUCAAUGACAACGAGGAGUCGAAGAGGCGCGAAUGCGGAUACUCCUGCAGCCCUCUUAACGUGGUGGAUUUAAUGGUGGACAUCAUGUUCAUCAUCGACAUCCUCAUAAACUUCAGGACCACUUACGUAAACCUGAACGAGGAGGUGGUCAGCGAUCCGGCCAAGAUAGCAAUCCAUUACUUUAAAGGCUGGUUCCUUAUAGACAUGGUGGCGGCAAUCCCCUUUGACCUUCUUAUCUUUGGCUCAGGAUCAGAUGAGACAACCACUCUGAUUGGCCUGUUGAAGACUGCUCGGCUCCUGCGAUUGGUGCGUGUAGCCAGGAAGUUGGACCGCUACUCUGAGUAUGGCGCUGCAGUCCUCAUGCUGCUCAUGUGCAUCUUCGCCCUCAUCGCCCACUGGCUAGCCUGUAUAUGGUACGCCAUCGGCAACGUGGAGAAGCCCUACUUAGAGCACAAGAUCGGCUGGCUAGACAACCUGGGCGUGUCCAUAGGGAAGAGAUACAACUACAGCGACCCCGGCUCUGGUCCCUCGAUCAAGGACAAGUACGUCACAGCACUUUACUUCACCUUCAGCAGUCUGACCAGCGUGGGCUUUGGAAAUGUUUCCCCAAACACCAACUCAGAGAAGAUCUUUUCCAUCUGCGUCAUGUUGAUCGGCUCCCUCAUGUAUGCCAGUAUUUUUGGAAACGUCUCUGCCAUCAUCCAGAGGUUGUACUCGGGUACGGCCCGAUAUCAUGCUCAAAUGUUGCGGGUCAAGGAGUUCAUACGCUUUCACCAGAUCCCCAACCCGCUGAGGCAGAGGCUGGAGGAGUACUUCCAACACUCCUGGGCCUACACCAACGGCAUCGACAUGAACACGGUAUUAAAAGGUUUUCCUGAGUGCCUGCAGGCAGAUAUCUGCCUUCACCUCAACCAGAGUCUUCUUCAAGACUGCAAAGCGUUCGAUGGAGCCUCCAAAGGCUGCCUGAGGGCCUUGGCCAUGCACUUCAAAACCACUCACGCCCCUCCUGGAGACACUCUGGUCCAUAGUGGUGAUGUGCUCACCGCUCUCUACUUUAUGUCCCGCGGCUCUAUUGAGAUCCUGAAAGAUGACAUUGUGGUAGCCAUCCUGGGUAAAAAUGACAUCUUUGGAGAAAUGAUCCAUCUAUUUGCCAAGCCUGGGAAGUCCAAUGCUGAUGUGCGAGCUCUGAGUUACUGUGACCUGAGCACCAUUCAGAGAGAGGAUCUGCUGGAGGUGAUAGACAUGUACCCGGAGUUUGCCGACUCCUUCUUCAACAACCUGGAGCUCACCUUCAACCUCAGAGAGGAGUCUCCAAAGCCCUCAAGCUCCCUAGGCGGUGAUUUAGCGGGCGAGGGCAGUAAGAGCAUUAAAAGAAGGAUCUCCUUCACACCAGAUGUAUCUAAAGGGGAAAACAAGGAAGUGGUUAAAGACUUGGUGAGGGAGAGGGAGUCCAACUCGUGCCUAAAGAGAAGUUCAGAAGCCCUGGGUCUCGCUCCACCCAGUGCCCCAGUCCUGGACUCAAAUGUUAUCGUCAGAAACAACAUAGAACAGAGAAGACCAUCAUUUGAAGAUCUGUGCUGUGAUAAAUGGGCCUGUAAGAAGCCUGCGGACUACCUGGAUGAGUCAGCACAGUUCCAGGACCUGAGAGAGGACGAUAACUCUGCCAGCGAGAUCACGUAUGGAGAGGUGGAACAGCGCUUAGGUCAGCUACAAGAGCACUUAAACAGGCUGGAGACUCAGCUGGUGACAGAUAUUCAGACCAUCCUGCAGCUGCUGCAAAGACAACCCACGCUGGGACCUCCAGCCUACAGCACUGUGACUGCCAGUCCAGACUAUCACAGACCUGCUGUGAAGGUUCAGCCAGUUGCUCUGACUGCAAGCCAUUUUUUCAGCCAUACAGGAACUCAAGGCCCCAACAACAAACUGGAGAGGGCCAUUCAGGAAUCCAAAGACUCUCUGUCGAGCUUGGCCAACGUGAAUGCACCCAUCGAGGGCAGCCUUACAACAUUGCUUGUACAAAGACAUACAGAGCCACAACAACAACAACAACAACAACAACAACAACAGCAGCAACAACAGAUCACAGGGCAUCAACAGUCCGCACUGAUCCUUCUUCCAGCUGAAACCUCUUCCACCUCUUCUUCCUCUUCCUCCCCGGUUCCUUCUGACUCCAACCUGAACACCGCCGGACUCCACAGACCCGUCUCAGACUCAGAGUUUCCGAGGCCAUAAACCUUCCAGCAGCACGGUGUUCUAAUAUCUGGGUUGUAAUGCUGUAGUUACUUUUUAAGUAGCAGCUUUUUAUCAGCAUGCUGGCACAGACCUCUGUAUUGUUCAUUUGCAAUGGCUUGGUAAUAGUAGUAAGUUGUUUUCUUUUUAUUAUGCAUGCGGAUAAAAUACUGUUCGCUGCAGUCAACAGUGUGUUAAACUGUUUUCUGCAGUUAUCAGUGUAAUAACGAUGGUUACAUAUUGUAACAGUAGUUCUAUCAACACAGAAGCCCUCUGAUGGACUCUUUAAGCAUCAUCAUACACACUCAAAACGUACAUGUAAAUGCCUAACCAAUCAGAAUGAACCUAUUCAACCACAUAGAGAGCGGCCCUACAGGAGGAAAGCACUUCCCCAUUUAUAAGAAAAAGUCUACAGCUUCUUAAUUAAGUUCAACGUAAUGGGCAGGGACGCUGGUUGAAUGGCUCCAGCUGGUUGUUGUGAUAGAACUAGCACUACAGCGCCUAAUCAACUUUCUGUUUCGCCCAGGCUUUGUACUCUAAUGGGCUCUAAUGGACUCUGUACCACUCCUCAUGACUCAACAUAUUAUGUCCCAACACACAAUUGGUCACACUGAGCCGGGCUGAGUGGGCCACAAGGCUACGGUUUGCAAAGCGCACCAGUGCACCAGUCUAAUUACAAUCACAACUUUAUUCGUGGACCCCAGCAAACAGGCCUGACGACAGAUGUGUCCCUCCGUCCAUCAUUACCUGCUAAGCAAGAGGAGCUGGCUGACCUACCUCACACUAGACAAGCCCUAAAGUCCAGCACUCCAGGUAUCGGUGCAUCACAUCACGUGUUUCUUCCUUGUGUCAUCUGCAAAACUCUGGUAAGAUUAGCUCCCCCAACACCCAGGCCAUAGCCACUACCAGGAAGCUUAUUGAAAGAGGCUGGGACACGGUCUUUAGCUAUGGGGUAUGACAUAUGCGUAGUGUAACUGGAGCUGCGGUCGUGCGUUGCUAUUGGCUCAAUUUCGGCAAGUGCAGACCAGAUUGUACCUUGCAGGACACCAGGAAGUGCAUGCACAGUAUGACUCAAGCCAGCUGCUUCUCAACAUCCCAAGGUAUGUAGGGGAUGAACAUGCUUGGCAAGAUCUGGGGAGCGACCAAAAACAGGGACUUAUGGUAAAGACAGACACUCAAAAACCACUCAAAGUUCUUCCCGGUCCAGCAGAAGGUGUGGGUGACCGCAGCACCACACAGAAAGUCUCACAACUUCUUCUAAGUCCUGAGAGCAGGCCCAAAAAAAAAAGACAAAAGUAAGUCACCUGACGGAUGAGGUGACGAUCAGAAGCCACCAAUCCUUCACUACCAGUACUCCUGUGCAGAAAGCAGGGAAGUAAAAGGCCACACACACAGAUCCCCCACGAACAGAGAUCUGGGGUUUCCGGGGAAAACACUGCCAGGAGAGUUGCUGUCCAUCGACUCAUAGAAAUGUGAAAUGCCUUUUGCAUAGUUCAUUUUCUUUGGACAGGAAUUUGCCUCGUCAUGACUUUCAUAUCUGUAGUCAGAAGAGGGAAAGGUUAUCUCCCCAGAAUCUGAGUGUCAACAGAGAGCAGCUACUGUACCACUCACUGCCAAAGUGGCCCUAGAGACAGGGCAACGCUAUUGAUCACUCAGCUUCCUACAGUAUACUCUAGUCAGUCUAAAAAGGGAAGUAGAGAUGGAGACCACGACUAAAGAUUGUAAAUGCUGGCUGGAGGCGGCCCACCUCUUUUACCAGGCUACCCAGGCCAAGUCCAACCUGAGACUUGGAAGCAGGAAUGUGAGCCAAAGCUAGGCUUGUCCUCAUUGUCAUCAUACAUGUACUGUAUGAUCACCUAAAGCACGAGGAGGGGACUUUGUCACAACAGGAAAAUGGUGACACAGCCGCUCUUCCUCCAGUUGAUGAAAUAUUUGCCGGACACCUGACUCUGAGGAACUGACAAGGCCAUAGGUUGAAACAAACACGGUGAAUUUCCUCCACUGGUAUACUGGCCAACCUGGUAAGUCCUGUUGGAGCCUGUUCGAGUCUAAAAGCCUGUGUGCGAUACAUAUACAGACUCUACCACUUCCAGUAGAGGGCCUGCAUGCUGCAUUUAGUGCAAUACAGCAUCAUUACAAAGGUGUGAGAACAGUUUUCUUAUCCUUAGUUGUAUGCCCGUCUUCUCUGAAGUGUGACUCAGGGGUUAGGGAAAAAUUGCACUGCAAUAUACAGUACAGUAUCAAGUAUACUGUAGUUUUCUUCUUUAAAACAAUGUGCAUUAUUACUGUGCAACACUGGCGUGCACCUACUGUACGACGUUAAGCCAACAGAACACACCAUACAUGCUUGUCCGGGCAGAUAUCGUAACAUGCAGAGGUUAAGAGUGUCCUGCUGUUAUCCCACGGCUCUGACAAACACGUAUGAUGUCGGUAUUUCUACAUGGCAGUGCAUGUGUUUUAUAUUUAUAUAUUUACUGUUUUGCACUGCUUAUGAGCCCAAAGUAGCACAUUACAAUAUAAAAUGAUGUCAGCAUAUUUGUCUCUUUUUAGGAUGCACUUAGAGAGUGUGUAAGGGGGGGGAGCAGGGACACGUGGAAAGUUAGUACUUGCGCAUAAACAGGCCCCAGAGAGGGUCUUGUGCCUAUACAACCAACCCAAAUGCUAAGUCAGCAUAUUCAUGUAGAACUAACCAUAACAUCGACGAAGCAUAUCAUUUCCCUGUACUGUUUUUGUUGGCAAAUGUACAUUCAAGUUAUAAUGCUGUUAGACAACUGUUAGGAGAUAAAUGCAUCACAUUGCAAGAUGUAAAAAAAAAAAAAAAAAAAAUGUAUUUUUUUUAACUGAGUAAAUUAUAUGAGAAACUCUUUAGCAAAACAGUAGUACAUAUGUUUGUUUUGAAGCUGUGGGAGCAAUAAAUGAAAACACUUAUA